CAGGGGCGAAGCUCUGUUGGAGGAGGAAAUCUGGUCCCUCUUGUUGCUGGCUGGGGAGAGACUCCUGGAAGACCUCCGCAGUGAUGCAUGUCUAUUCCCUUGGGAUGACCCUCUACUGGGCUGCAGGAUUCCGAGUCCCACUAAGCCAGCCCCUCUGGCUCCGCCAGCCCCUGCACACCUUACUGCUGGCCAUGUGUGAAGACCAGCCCCACAGGCGGUGCCCACUGCAUGCUGUCCUGGAAGCCUGUCAGGCCCAUCAGGAAGAAGUGGCUGCAUCCUCAGUCCUUGCCAGUCUCCACGUGCGGCGGCUGGUGGGCUUAGUUCUGGGCACGAUCUCUGAGGUGGAAAGAAGAGUUGUGCAAGAAGAUGUUUGUACACAGCAGAGCAGAAGCUACCUGCUCAGGAAGAGGCUGCAGCCCCAGAGCAGUGAAGGCUCCGAGACGCAGGCUGUGGCCCAGCCGCAGCCCCACACAGGGCGAAGUGGAGAAAUGCAGAGCUCCUGGGAGCCCCGCUGGAGCAGCUCAGCACACAGCCACUGCAAUCUGUUGGAGAACAGUGCUCUUGCAGGUGCAGCACCUCUCGAUGGGCAGGACGGCCAGCGGUUUAGCUCAGGGUCCACGUUCACGACAGAAGCAGAGAGCUCCAGAUCAGCGCCUCCCCAGCAGGGUUUCCUGCAGAGGAAGGAAAAGUUCUCCAGGCCGGAGUUCCACCUGCUGGCUGCCGAGGCCCCUGUGACGCUGCACCUGCCAGGAUCAGUUGUGACAAAAAAGGGGAGAUCCUACCUGGCUCUCAGGGAUGUCUGCGUGGUUCUGCUGAGUGGCCAGGGUCUGGAGGUGAAAUGUGACAUUGAGUCCACAGUGGGAGCUGUCUUCGAUGUCGUCAUGUCCUUCGCCAACCUUGGGGAUGCCACCUACUUCAGCUUGGCUUAUGAGAAAGGCAAAGAAUUCUUUUUCCUGGACAAUGAAACCAGAUUGUGUAAAAUAGCCCCUGAAGGCUGGAGGGAGCAGCCCCUGAAGACUGCCCUGGUUACCUUCACGCUUUUUCUGCGGAUCAAGUUCUUUGUCAGCCACUGUGGAUUGCUCAGGCACAGCGUGACCAAGCAUCAGUUCUACCUGCAGCUUCGUAAGGAUAUCCUAGAGGAGAGACUGCGCUGUGACGAUCAGACACUGCUGCAGCUGGGUGUCCUUGCUCUGCAGGCUGAGUUUGGCAGUUACCCGAAGGAGCAGACAGAGAGUAAGCCAUAUUUUCGAGUUGAAGAUUAUAUCCCUGCCACUUUGAUCCAAAGGAUGACUGCUCUCCGAGCUCAAGCAGAGAUCUCAGAGAUGCACCAGAACAGCUCUGCACUGUGGGGAGAGGAUGCGGAGCUGGAGUUCUUGAGGAGAAAAAAAUUCACCAUCACCAGCAGCCUCACUGGGAAGAAGCACACGUUUAUCACGGAUUCAGCCAAGACUUGCACGUAUUUACUGGGCCUCUGUUCAGCUCAGCAUGGCUUCCAUGCCCAGGCAGGCUCUGGGCCACCUCCUCACCUCUCAACCGGCCAGGGGAAGGUUAUACAAACAGCCAGUUUGAAUCCUGCCCACCAGGCCCCAUCUAAGCCUCUCAGUUGGAGUCAGAGACUGUCAUGCUCUGAAAACGAGCUGUUUGCACCCAAGGCGCAGGAUGCAGUAGGAGGCCUGCUAAGCAUGUCACUGGAGAACUGCAGCGCUGAUGGCAAGAAGGAGAGCAGGGUGGAAGCAGUCAGGAGCAGCCCCUGCACUGGCCAGGAGCACCAGGACGGUGCCUGUUUGAUCCAGAAGCCAACGACCUGUGACCUUCUCUUGGGGCCACUUGUUCAGAGCAUGUGCCCAGUUGUGUGGUUUCCCCCUUCAGGGUCACAGAAGAACAAGAGAGAGAGUUUGAUCCCUGACCUGCACUGGGAGCUUGUGCAUGUGGUGCUGAAGCGAGAUCCACAUCGUGGCUUUGGUUUUGUCAUUAAUGAGGGAGAAGAUGUAGGCCAAGUGAGCCCUGGCAUUUUUAUAUCUUCUGUUAUACCUGGAGGACCAGCAGCAAAAACUAAGAAGAUCAAACCAGGAGGGCAGAUCCUUGCCUUGAACCACAUCAGCCUGGAGGGCUUCACAUUCACCAUGGCAGUCAGGAUGAUUCAGAAUUCUCCUGAUCACAUAGAGCUCACCAUUUCUCAGGCCAAAGGUGUUUGUGGAAAUGCCUCCAAGAAAGGAGAGGACAACACGGCCAUUUCUGGCAUCUCUACAGACAUCCUGAGUGCCACUCACCAGGGCAGCUUGUCAUCACACACACAAGACCAGGAUAGAGACUCUGAGGCACAGGAAAUGGUCCAGAUGCAGAGGGCCAUGCCCCAGCAGAGGCCUCAGCACUUGCCUCCACCAGUGAAGGGCAUUGGUUCUUCUUCCCCUCCAUCACCUCUGAAAACCAACUCAGGUGAAAUCUACUUUGUAGAACUGGUUAAAGAAGAUGGGACGCUUGGAUUCAGUGUGACGGGUGGCAUCAACACAACCGUGCUCCAUGGAGGAAUCUAUGUGAAAUCCAUCAUCCCUGGAGGCCCAGCAGCCAGGGAAGGGCAGAUCCUGCAGGGUGACCAGCUCCUGCAAGUGGAUGGAGUGAGUUUGUGUGGUCUCACCCACAGGCAAGCUGUGCAGUACCUCAAGGGUCCUGGGCAGGUUGUAAGACUGGUCUUGGAGAGAAGAAGCCCAGGCACAGCACAGCAGCAUCCUUCUGCUAAUGACAGGAUGGGAGAUGAACACGAGGCGGUUUCCUUGGUAACAGCUCUGCCUGGCAGGCUUUCGAGCUGUGUCUCAGUGACAGAUGGUCCUAAGUUUGAAGUCAGGCUGAAAAAGAAUGCCAACGGCCUGGGGUUCAGCUUCGUGCAGGUGGAGCGAGCGACCUGCAGUCUCCUUCAGAGUGACCUUGUUAGGAUUAAGAGGCUCUUCCCAGGGCAGCCAGCUGAGGAGCAUGGGGCCAUCGAAGCUGGUGACAUCAUCCUGGCCGUGAACGGAAGGCCCACAGAGGGCCUCGUCUUCCAGGAGGUACUUAAUCUACUGCGAGGGCCCCCCCAGGAAGUUACACUCCUCCUUUGCCGACCGCCUCCAGGUGUGCUGCCGGAGAUGGAGCCAGGGUGGCAGGCCCAGAUGAACAAAGAGUUCACCAGGGCAACAUGUACAGACUCAGAGAAGAGCCCCAGCCUGGAUCAGGAGGACAGCUGGAGGGACAGCACUUCCUCAGAUGCAGGAGAAGGCCUGGCUCUUGGAAAAGCACCAGGAGGUCAAGACAAGGACAGAACUUGGGCCAGGUUGGCACUUCCUGUGGACUCUCAUCCUCACUUAUGCCAACAUCACCAAGAGACAAAGGUGCCACCCCUGGCUUCCCCUUUGGAACAGGAUAUGAGGCAGAACUGCUAUUCUGUGUGUGACAUCAGGAGACUUGGCAGGGACUGUGGUGAAGAGGACAUGUGUUAUCCACCAGAAGCCCUCUGUCUCACCUGGGAAGACAAAGAGUACCUGACCAUCUGCUGUACAUCUAAAGACCAACUGCCCUGUGGAGAAUGUUUGGAGGUGGACCUGGGAACCAUUCCAUUGCCACAGUUCUGUUCUGAGCACGCAUGUCCAGAGUCCUGGCCUCUGGAAGGGAGUCAGGGGAGCGAGAGUGAGUGGGAAGACCUGGAGGAGCCUGAGGACACAGUGAUGACACCCACAGGUGAACACAGAGUGCAAGCCAGUCUCUUGGGAUAGGACCUCAGGGUUUCAGAGUGAUGAUCCCUUUGGCAGAAGAGACCUCAAAUGACUUCGGUCUAGAAAAAUGUGCCCACCAACUGUGUCACCAGGAGAGACGAUGACUUGGGAUGGAGUCUCUGGCCCAGGUGUUACGGGUUAAUUCUGAAGGAGGAUGCCUGUCUUUCUUGGAACUCAUUUUGAACAGCUCUGGGAUUUCAAUCAUGGAAAGUUCUAAGUGUGUGUUGGGGUGGGGGUGGGGCUUCUUCUCAAGAAAGGAGCUGAGAACCAACCUUUUCCAGCAAAGCACCUUGGGCAAGUGCCUGGCACACAUGUCCUGGAUGUAUACAGCCUUCCUCGUUCACAGAAGGAGUUUCUGGGGUUCUAAAAGUGCCCCACUUUGCUGCAAGGAACCUGCUAAGGAGUUUUACCCAGAGUCCAUGGGGAAAACAUGUUUUGAUAUCUUUCUACAUCUUUCUUAUACAACCCCAAACAGUUACACAUUCCUUUAAAGGGAAUUUUUUUUUGUACUUAACACCUGAUUUUAAUGAUUAUAUGGAGAAAAAAUGAAAUGAGAAAAGUGAAGUAGUAGAUCCAGCAUGAUUAUAAGACAGAUCACAGCUACAAUGACAAAAAAUAAACCAUGUGAAUUUUUAAAUGCUCAAAAUAAAUAGACCUGGAACAUAGUUAUAUCAUGUGACAGGAGACAUAUGGCUGAGUCAAGAUCUCACAGAUACAACUGGGGGAAGAGGGAGGGAGAAAAAGAGAGAGAG